AUGGCAUCUCCUCGUUGGUUGAAUGCGCUCACUAAAGCGGCGAGUCUGCCGGAGAACAAGGGUCAGAACGUAUAUCAACUCGCCACCGUGGACGCCAACGUCAUGCCUCAUGUACGCACCGUCGUCCAUCGUGACAUCCUCCACCCGAGUGGGUUCCCAAAUCUCCCCAUCAUGCUCACCACAACCGACAUCCGCACGUCGAAGGUGACCCAGCUUCGCGCCAACGCCCACGCCGAGCUAGCCUGGUGGAUGGCCGGCUCCCAGGACCAGUUUCGCGUGUCCGGGCCAGCGCGCGUCAUCUCAUCCCCUAUGCCCGAUGCGAAAUCCGGGGACACAAGCGAGGACACUCCGGCGUUCGACAAGAUGCGGGAGCAGGGCUUUGACUGGGAGCAGAAGCGCCUUGCCGUCUUCGACUCCAUGAGUGCCCACAUGAAGGCGACCUGGUGUCGGCCCCCACCAGGCAGCGCAAUGGACUCGUACGACGACGCGAAGAAGUGGCCGAAGACAGUGCCGAAGCUCGGUGAGGCGGUGAGCGACGAGGACAAGCGGAACCAAGCGCAAGCCCUCGGCAACUUUGCCCUCGUGCUCGUCGAGGCGGUCGAGGUGGACUGGGUGCAGCUUGGCGUAAAACCGAAUCAGCGCACGAGGUUUACUCGGAAGGAUGAGGAAUGGGUCGAGCAGAUCGUUGUGCCGACUACUCGAGGCGUGUACUGCACGCGUGAUGUGUUACCUCCCUCGACGCGUCGCGUCGCGAUCCAGAUGCUCGGCGAACGCGCUGCGCAGAGCGUUCUGGACGUCCGGACUGCCAGUGAAAUACUCCUGCUCGCUGCUCGCUGCUGCAUCACAGCACAUUUUAUGAUGACAUCCCCACGCUGGCUCGACACACUCACGAAGGCCCUGAGCCUGCCAGAAAAUAAAGGCCAAAUCACAUACCAACUCGGAACGGUUGACGCUAACGGCAGGCCUCAUGUCCGCAUCGUCGGCCAUCGCGAGGUUCUCCAACCCUCCGGAUUCCCGAACCUCCCCAUCCUCUGCGCCACGACCGACGUGCGCAGCCCCAAAGUCACCGAGCUCCGCGCGAACGCGUACGCCGAGCUGUCUUGGUGGAUCUCCGGCAGCAGAGACCAGUACCGCAUCAGCGGGCCCGUGCGCAUCAUAUCCUCCCUCAAAUCCGAUGCCGAAUCCGCCAGCACGAGCGACGAGACGCUGGCGCUGGAUAAGAUGCGCGAACAGGGCUUCGAUUGGGAGCAGAAGCGCCGCGACGCUUUCGACGCCCUGGGCGAGCGCUGGAAGGCGACGUGGUGCUGCCCCCCGCCCGGAAGCCCCAUGAAGUCGUACGAGGUUGCGUCGACGUGGCCGCAGAUCGUGCCAAAACUCGGCGAGGCGGCGAGCGACGAGGACAAACGGAUCCACGAGGAGGCCCUCGGCAACUUUGCCUUGUUGCUCAUUGAGGCCGUCGAGGUGGACUGGGUGCAAGUCGGCGAGAAGCCGAAUCGACGGACGAGGUUCACGCGGAAGGGCGAGGAGUGGGUCGAGCAGAUCGUGGUGCCGUGA